UCCGCUUAAUGUUUCUCCCCUGUUAGGAACUAGGAAGGGAAGCAGAGCAGAGUAUGAAGAGGCAAAGAGCUCAGAGAGGAAAUGGAGCCGAAGAAUAUAUUGCUUUGUUUUUCAUUCUUUGCUUCCCUCCUUGUUUUGUGUCAUGAGAGGUUUUAAAUGUUCGUCUGACCUUCAAUUAAUGGCAGUAGUAGCAGCUGCAGAGUCGCCUCCAGAGAUCUUUCCAUGGCUCAAAAAUCUACCAUUAGCUCCGGAAUACCAUCCUUCUGUAGCAGAAUUCCAGGACCCUAUCGCUUACAUUCUCAAGAUCGAGAAAGAGGCGUCCAAGUUUGGCAUCUGCAAGAUCGUUCCUCCUCUCCCUCCACUUCCCAAGAAAACCGUAAUUGCCAACAUCAACCGUUCCCUCGCCGCUCGCAACAACAACUCGAACUCGAAAUCCCUACCCGCAUUCACCACCAGGCAGCAACAGGUCGGAUUCUGCCCUCGGAAGUCUCGACCGGUUCAGAAACCCGUGUGGCAGAGUGGUGAGACCUACACUCUACAGGAAUUCGAGGCGAAAGCGAAGCAGUUCGAGAAAACCCAUCUGAAGAAAACUGGGAAAAAGGCUAUCUCAGCGUUAGAAAUCGAAACCCUUUUCUGGAAGGCGAGCAUGGAUAAACCCUUUUCGGUGGAGUACGCCAAUGACAUGCCUGGCUCAGCUUUUGAGCCGGUUAAUGGUAAGAAAUGGCAGGAAGCAGGGGAAGCGGGUAGCGUUGGAGAGACAGCGUGGAACAUGCGAGGUGUUUCGCGGGCAAAAGGUUCGCUGCUAAGGUUUAUGAAGGAGGAAAUACCUGGUGUGACUUCUCCCAUGGUUUAUAUAGGAAUGCUGUUCAGUUGGUUUGCUUGGCACGUGGAAGAUCAUGACUUGCACAGUUUGAAUUAUUUACAUAUGGGGGCGGGGAAGACGUGGUAUGGAGUCCCAAGGGAUGCAGCUUUUGCAUUCGAGGAGGUUGUCAGAGUGCACGGGUAUGGAGAGGAGGUCAAUCCUCUUGUUACUUUUGCUAUUCUUGGUGAGAAGACCACAGUGAUGUCACCUGAAGUACUUAUCAGCACAGGGAUUCCUUGCUGCAGAUUGGUGCAAAAUGCGGGGGAGUUUGUUGUCACUUUCCCAAGAGCCUACCAUUCAGGGUUCAGCCAUGGAUUUAAUUGUGGAGAAGCAGCAAAUAUUGCCACUCCUGAAUGGUUGAGGGUUGCAAAAGAAGCUGCAAUCCGCAGGGCUUCAAUCAAUUAUCCUCCCAUGGUGUCUCAUUUUCAGUUACUCUAUUCUCUUGCACUAGCAUUAUGUUCAAGGAUACCUAUGAGCAUUAGUACUGAACCACGGAGCUCUAGACUAAAAGAUAAGAGGAGAGGUGAAGGAGAAACAAUGGUCAAAGAGCUAUUUGUGCAAAACGUUGUACAGAACAAUGACCUUAUUCACGUUCUUCUCAAAAAAGGAUCUUCAUGCAUACUUCUUCCACAUAAUUCUUUGGAUCUAUCUAUAUGUUCAAAUUUACGUGUUGGUUCUCAGAGAAAGGUAAACCCCAGGUUAUCACUUGGUUUACACAGUCCCAAAGAAGAGAUGGAAGCUUCAAAAAUUUUACUUUCAGAUGAUAUGGUGCUAGACAGGAAUACACAUCUAAGGAAUUUGAGUGGAUUCUCUUCAGUGAAAAGAAAAACUUCAUCUGUGUAUGAAAGGAAAAGUGUUCCCACAUUAUGUGGAGCUGAUUAUUUUUGCACUUCUACUACGGAAAUGCAUAACUUACAGACUGAAAGAGUGUAUAAUGCUGGUGAUGGGUUAUUAGAUCAGGGACUGUUUUCAUGUGUCGUGUGUGGGAUAUUGAGCUUUGCAUGUACAGCUAUCAUUCAACCUAGUGAAGCAGCUGCUCGAUAUCUUGUUUCAGCUGAUUGCAGCUUCUUUAAUGAUUGGAUUGUUGGUUCUGGAGUAGCUACUGACAGAUAUACUGUUUUAGAUGGAGAUGCAGGUACAGCUAAGCUGAAUUCCUGUUCAGGAAUGGAGAAAUGUGUUAGGGAUGGUCUUUAUGAUGUCCCAGUCCAAUCUGGUGAUUACCAAUUCCAGGUGGCAGGUCAAAGCGUUGAAGUUACUUCAGAUACCAAAACAAAGACGGGUAUUUCCUCCCUUGAUUUAUUAGCCUUCGCUUACGGAAAUUCAUCAGAUUCAGAGGAGGAUCAGGAUAAACCUGAGUUGUCUGUGUUUUCUGAUGAAGAUGAUUUGAAAGACUCUUCAUCACAAUGUAGAUCUACACAUUCAGUUCUUUCAUCUGAACACACAUCCUUGUGCAAUAGUUCUAAGUUGUCUUUAGUGCAUGCUUCAACCCAUAAAGAUGGAGCACCCAGCACUCUUUCUUGCCCUUCAUCAACAGUGAGUUAUGCAAGUGAAGUUUCUGUACAAGUUUAUGCUUCAGACAGCACUCCUGGACAUCCAAGUACUAAUUUGAAAAAUCAGCAUAAAAAAAAUUUUGAUACCUCACUUAAGAGUGAUACAAGGAGCUUAGUAACUUUGGAAUCAAAUGAUUUAGACGACACAUACAGGGAUCCACUGGUAGUUUCUAGGAGGGUGGCAAGUAAAUUUACUGAAGUCCAUCAUUGUGAUGGUAAGAUGGAUAAUAUAGAAUCUGAAAGAAUGAAGUCAAAUGAUGCUGAGACAUCAGUAAAGAGCAAAGCCAUUUCACUCAUGCAGAGAACUGAUAAUGAUUCUUCUCGGUUGCAUAUAUUUUGCCUUGAACAUGCUGUGGAGGUUGAAAAGCAACUUAAUCCAAUAGGAGGAGUGCAUGUGUUACUUCUGUGCCAUCCGGAGUAUCUGAAGAUAGAAGCCGAAGCAAAAUCAUUGGCAGAAGAAUUGGGAAUUGAUUAUCUGUGGAAAGACGUUCCAGUCAGGGAGGCCACUGAAGAAGAUCAACAGAGAAUCCAAUCAGCUCUGGAUGAUGAUGAAGUGAUACCCAGUAAUGGGGACUGGGCUGUAAAGCUUGGAAUCAAUCUCUAUUACAGUGCCACCAUCAGUCGCUCGCCUCUCUAUAGCAAGCAGAUGCCAUACAAUUCGGUCAUAUACAAGGCAUUUGGCCGGAGUUCGCCAGACAUCUCCCCAACAAGAUCUAAGGAUUCUGGGAAGAGGCCUGGCAAGCAGAAGAAGAUUGUUGUUGCAGGAAGAUGGUGUGGGAAGGUUUGGAUGUCAAACCAGGUUCAUCCAUAUUUAGCUCAAGCAGAUGAAUCCGAAGAACAAGAACUUACAAGAAGCUUCCCAAUUCAAACAAUGCCAAAUAGGAAGCCUGACAGGAAAGUAGACAUUAGCCAACAGGAACAACCAGUGCUUCCAGAGAAGAUACCAUUGCGUGGAACGAUGACCACUGUAGCUAAAAAUCCUGGACGGAAGAGGAAAAGAUCUGAGAAGGGGAUGAUCAAGAAACAGAAUUGUCUGCAAAGAGAUAAUCCCAUCACAUCUAUAGAUGACUCACCAGAGCUGGAUACACCUUCCCCUUGUGGUAGGCUUAUCAGAAGUGAACAAAUGAAACAUGAGACACCACCACAUCAUAAUGAUUGUGAGGACAUCAGAGAGGAAGAUUCUUGUGAGAAGGAUGACAUUGAAGGUGGACUGAGCAUGCGUCUAAGAAAAAGACCACAAAAAAAGCCUUAUGAAGAAGUGAAAGUCAAACCCAUGCAUGAGAAGCAAACGAAGAAAAAGUCCAAGAAAACUUCAAGCAGCAAUGAAGUAGAUACCAAGGAUGAGGAAGCAGACUACCUAUGUAAUAUAGAGGGGUGCUCUUGUAAAAAGGAUGGCAUUGAAGGUGGACUGAGCAUGCGUCUAAGGAAAAGACCACAAAAAAAGCCUUGUGAAGUGAAAGUCAAACCCAUGAAUGAGAAGCAAAUGAAGAAAAAAGGCAAGGAAACUUCAAGUAGCAAUGAAGUAGAUACCAAGGAUGAGGAAGCAGAAUACCAAUGUGAUAUAGAAGGGUGCUCUAUGGGGUUUAGCUCAAAGCAGGAGCUGGUGUUGCACAAGCGUAACAUCUGCUCAGUGAAGGGUUGUGGAAAGAAAUUCUUCUCCCACAAGUAUCUAGUGCAGCACAGGCGUGUCCACAUGGAUGACCGCCCCCUAAAAUGCCCAUGGAAGGGUUGCAAGAUGACAUUCAAGUGGGCAUGGGCAAGGACUGAGCACAUAAGGGUGCACACUGGUGCCCGGCCCUAUGUGUGUCGCGAGCCAGGUUGUGGUCAAACAUUCCGAUUUGUGUCUGAUUUUAGCCGUCACAAGCGGAAGACAGGCCACUCAGUGAAGAAAGGUAAAGGAUAGGUAAGAGGGUGAGGAGGGUUGUAAUUAAGUGUUGUAAAAUGGCAUCACUAAUUGAACUGUUGUUCCAUUGGUAGAAGUAGAGAUGGUUAGAAUCAGAGAAUAUCUCUGCAACUUCUCUUCCAUUUUUAUUUAAUUUCUACCCCUCCCCCUUACCCAAAAAAAAGACACCUCGAAUCUGUUUUGUGGGACUUCAUUUGGCAAGUUAAUAUACCUCAACCAGAGAAAUUGUUCA